AUGGCAGGUAGGCUUCCACAAGGCCCGCCAGAGAACCCCGUGCCUCGGGAUCCCAACCUCGCCUGCUCAACUGGGAGAGGCAAUCAAUCAUACCCUUACGGGGCCUACUCGCCGAACGUGACUAGUCACCGAAGCGGCGAGCCUUCCUUGCCCUUCCCACCAUUCUCGUCACCCUCAGACUUUGGCUCAACGCACACCUUUGUGCCGUCUGGACAUGGUGUCGGGCAGCGAACAGACCCGAGGACUCCAUCCAUCUUGAUCAAUGAAUUCUACCAGGACCUCGACAACAAUGUUUAUCAGGCCGCCUUACAAUCCCCAUACUCCUCGGCGGCUGGUUCUUUAGACGAAUCCUUCAAUCCCGAGAGACAGCCUGUUUUCCCCGUUCAUGGGGCCUACGGAGCGAGACUCGUCCGAACCCAGAGUCGUGACAGUAACGCCAGUGGUUACGAUGACACAGCGUCGAUUGCCCACAGCUGCGGCUCAGCAAAUGAUAGCUUUGACUUUGACCGUCCACAAACCAGUCUCGUUACCCCCGCGACCAGCGCCGGCUACUCGAACAAUGUAUUUCCUGCGAGCGCUCCGGGACCGCUCGGCGGCCCGCGGCCCUCGCCCGCCACCAGUAGCCCCUAUCUUGGUGGGCAGCUCACUACCACUUCCCCCAAGACCUCCGUGAAGCCCCGGUUCGGCCACUCGAGGACCCCCUUGUACGAUCCGCCACCAGGGGCACACACAAACUACUCCGGUACACAGGAACCAUUGCUUGCAUGGCCUGCGCCCGAGCCGUAUGGUGAUGUGUUGGAGCAUGACUUCGGCAGCGUUCCGUCCUCCAAUGCUCACCCCCUGGAUCACUAUCCCACCUCUGCGUCGAAUCACAACUUUGCCGAGCCACUGCUUGAAACGCAAGCAUUAUGGAUCGACUCGCCAGCUCCCCCAAGAAGUCACCAAUCUCUCUUGACAGUACCUCCACGAACGAGGAGAAGACCCUCUGAGUCGCAACGACCUAGACCCUUCUCGACCGGUAGCGAGCCCAUAGCAAUUCCAGGAAGAUCGCCUUCGCAGGCCUUGCAUCAGUACAUAACUCAAAACAGCCCUACUCAGUCUCACUCUCCUGCGGCGCCUGAGAUGUUCCGGUCGAGUAGGAUUGUCUCAGCCGCCUCGUUACCUCUACCGAGAUCCACUACUUCAGGAGGAGUUCGAGGUAAACGAAAUGGCCCCAUGAAGACACCAGCACGCGAGUCCGCCAAAAAGACGCGGACUGACAGGUCAAUUUGCAUUGCUUGCAAACAAAAAAAGCAGGGAUGCAUAAGACCCAUGGAAUCUCCGAAUUCAUCCUGUGUCAACUGUGUGAAACAUGCCUCUAAGCGACCAGGCCCUUGCUUCAGAGCGUACUUUGACGACAUUGUGAGCUCUGGCGCUCUCAACUAUAUUUCGCAGCGUGCCAUACACCAUGUUUCAACAGAUGGAAGUAAACGCAUCUGUAAACCGCUUCCAAAGGAGUUCCCUCUGAACGAAGUAAUCCGAACACUUCAAAGCGUCGCAGGUCGUUUUGACCUAAGGUGUCGAAACUAUUUAUCAAGGCUCCGCGACCUUUAUUUGCAAAAGGGCUACGAGCCGAACAUGAGCGCGUUUAUCGACAAGGAGCUGUUUCAAGACAGGCCGAGAUUAGACAACUGGACUUCAAUGAUCACCGACUGUCAAGUCAGCACCAAGGACGAUAAGGUUGCACUGCUGUUGGCAUUGGGCAACAUGCCGAGCCGGGCCACAUAUUCUGCGAGCCACAUCGAGGAGACUACGAGACCAAACAAGAACAUCAUGUGCAUCAAAAUUCAGAGACGAUACACCUGUCCCAAAACAGAGACAGGAGCUCUAGGGCCUGACCCCGACGAAGAGGGCUCCCCAAAGCGCCGGUUUGUGGGCGAGAAGCCUGCGCGGUAUGGGUCGAACAUCGUGAUGGAACCAUACACUCUGACGUGCUACGUUGACUUCUCGAACAGUGCGAGCCGGCCUAACGAAGCCUAUGAAGCGCACGUCUGCGAGAUGGUCGUCGAGUGCGGCGAACCCCAGUUCAGCUGCAAAGACCUCAACACGAUGGAACUAAGGCGUGAGAAUAUCCCCAACCACCACUGCCCCGUCUGCCUUCGCAUCCCCGACUAUCCUCGGGCUCCCGACAGCACCUGGUCGUACAAACGCCCUAUUGCGCAAAUUGCUGAUGAUUUUGAGCGUGGGCAGGCCAUGAUCGCCUUUGACCAGUACCUCGAAGGUGUGUUGAAUCUUGUGUUGGUUUCGCUGACAGUGUUGUUUCACCAGAACCUGGACUGGCAGAUAUACGUCGAGAUGCCCAGCGCCGAUCGGAUUGCAGGGCUGAUUUACUCGCACUUCUGCCGUGAAGAUGACGGACACUAUGGCGUGGACUCGUGGCACUGCACCUGUCAUUCCAACCAGGCACAGUUCGCCGAGGCGUCGAACCUCGGGCGCCUGCUCCGGUUCAUUGACGUGGGCGUCAUUGCCGAGUCCUACCCGGACGUUGUGAUGCGGUGCUUCAUGCGAGACGACGAAGGCCACGAGCUCGACUCGGAAAGGGACAAGGCCUGGAGCGAAACGACCAACGACAGGUGGAGGCGGCUCUGCCUGGCGCCCGAGGAGCGCGUCAAGCACUGGGCGCACCCGGACGAGGACAACAGGUUCGCGCAGUGCGUGGCGCAGCUCGAGCACGAGGUUAACCGCACACUGAUCGAGGGGCCGACGGCCAUUGAGCACGCGCGGUACAGCCGCAUCGAGAGCGCCGAGCCCGUCGACGACUGGGACCACGGCAAGUACGCCAUGUUCGUGCGCGGCCUCGCCCAGAUCCUGUACCCGGCCCUCGCGUGGAUCAGCUACGACUCUGGCCUGUCGAACGAGCAGGUCGCCCUCGUCGCCCGCGUGCUCUUCACCCUCGUCGACCACAACCGCGCCGCCGGGCGGGCCCCGAUCCCGGGCUUCCCCGCGGGCCAGCAGCCGCAAAUCCCCGGCGCCCUCGACGACAUCUGGUCCAUCAUGUACAUCACCUUUGACUGCCCCUUCGAGUCGCCCGUGCCGACGCUCGUCCACGACCUGCUCAACAGACGCAUCCGCACCGUCCAGAAGAAGAUUGACGUCUUCAAGCGCAGGCGCGCCGCCGUCUUCGCGGAACUCUCCCUGCGCCUCGACCACGCCUGGCUGAUGCUCGACAGGAGGAGCCUGACCGUCCAGCAGGUGCUCGCCAUGCGAGACGAGCCCGGCGGCGAAGCACAGGCGCGGGGCCACGAGGGACAGAAGGCGCCCAGCUGCACCGUCUGCGACGAGGCCUACGACGACACCCAGAAGCUGUGCCGCCCGGCGCUGCUGUGCCCGGAGAUGAAGCACCACCUCUGCGCGCGGUGCUGUCUGCGCAUCGUCCUCACGGCCAACGUCCGCGUGCCGGAUGUGCGCUGCGUCAUGUGUCGCCGCGAAUGCAACGACUGGAUCCUGCUCAGCGACAGGACGGAGCGCUUCAUGGACGCUGACGCCGAGGCGGCUGAGGAGAUAUUGAGCAGGUUCCAUGCGGCGGCGCAGCUCUAA